UGCUUCGGCCAAUACCCCUUUGCAGCCUUCAACCGCCCCCACUAGCGCUAUCCAGGCAGCGUCGCCAAUGGCUUUUCGGGGCUCGCCCAUGGUGAAUUCUUACAAUCCGCAAGAAUGGGGUCGCCACGGCCAUGUCGGCGGCGCUUUCAUGCCGCAUUCAAACGCACCCGCUACCACCAGAAGUACUAGAGAUGCAACAGGCAUGGAGGGUAAUAGCUAUUUCUCUUUACUAUUUUCAAUCACUCCUGGGGUUUUUCUUUCUUUGAUCGACAGGAACUCUAAGCUUGGAAUUCCAGAUCUUCUGCCAUUUUAGAGCCCACCAAGUCUUUCCUAUAAUUUCCUUGGUGCCGCCGAAUUCAACAUUCAGGAUGCAAAUACUAAAUCGAGUCCGUACACAGCCAGCAUGCCCACGCCGCCACCGCCAUAUACUCCCAACCCUUCUCAGGGUAUGGCCCAGAGCAUGUCCCAAGCCAUGCAAUCAUCACCACAAAUCACCGCGGGACCUUUCGCCAACAGCCAAGGUUUAUCGCCGCAAGUUGGUUUAUCCACUCAUAGCCCGCUGGCUAUCACAUCAACCGGAACAUCUCCUGGAUUUUCAAGCAGACUCGAGCACAGCUGGACCGGAAGUGGUGCUACAGCGCCUAAUAGCACUCCCCCUGCAGCUGCGCCAUCUUUUCCUCCUCCACCCCCUCGUCAAGGGCGCGAUAGGUCUUUAUCGAGAACGAGAAUGGACAAGGGCCAUUCGGUGUUUAGCCUCUCCGCAUUGACUUCGAGGAAUCGUGGUAAUGAUCAAUCCUCGUCAAGUAGCGCAAUUGAUGCAUUACAUCAACAGACAACCGAGGCUCUGGCAAGAGCACCAGCUCAACCACAGCAAAUGGCAGGACCAAGCCAGCACUCCCGAGUGGCCUCUACUAGCCAGCACCAACAACCAUGGAGCCCUGAAAGCGCCGUUCGUCCUCCUGCGUCUCGCAGAGCGGCCUCCACGGGAGGUAUAGGCAUGUCACAAAGGGACGCCCAGGACUCAUCUCCUAGCAGCCGGGCAGCUUGGGAGCCAGGAAUGCCGCUGCCACCUCCACCACCCGGUCCUCCACCGAGCGGAGCAAGGUCUCAAAGUAUGAAUCGAAGCUCCGAGAUCUCAUCCCGAGGGCCCGGGACGCCCCUUGCUGCUCCUGCACCAAGGCGACCUCAACAUGCGAACACGCUAGGACCCAUCCCGCCGACACCAGCCGACUGGACAGAGGAAGACCAAAUACGAGCUACAAAGUCACCGUAUGGAAAAGGCUUACAGAUCAACACGCGCGACACCCACAAUGAGGACGAUGUAACAGCCGGUCCCUCGCAUACUGGUCCUUUCACUGCUCAUCCGUCUUCUUCAAAUGCCGGGCUUGGCCGCACUGGUGCAAAGCGUGAUACCAGCGCUCGAGGGAUCCGAGAAAGACGGAGUGAGAGUCGAGCAGCACGCGAAAGGCUCGUCGAGACUCAAAGCGCCGUUGAACCUAGCAACAACCCCUGGGCGCGGGAUAUGGUGGCUGCACCAACUCGUCCAGCAAACUUGAUCCUUGCUACUCCCGAUGGUGCCAUCAGCCAGCGUCGCAAGGGCCGGAACACACCCACGAGUGGCAGGAGCCUUACGUCUUCUCCUGCAGGUCAAUCCAGUGCAAAAUCUAACAAAUCAUAUGGAGAUCUGCAGACUGCCGAAUCGAGUCGAUCUACUCCACGCCAGGAGCAUAACAAGAUUGUCAUGUCUCCAAAGUCGUUCGCACCGACUCCACCGUUCUCCCCAGGCACUGACGCUUUCGAAAAGCGAUUUAAGGCUGCCAGCGUACCUCCUCCAAAGACGCUUCCGACACCGCCUCCUCAUCAACUACCUUCGUCAUCUUCCUCUUUCUCGUCCUUUUCGCCUCAAGAAAGGCCCGUCUCACACAUUCUCCACACUCCUAAUGAUAAUGUCAAUAUGGUCGUUCCGUUGAUGCCGUCAAGGCCCGCAUCAUCUGCUGCCAGCAAACAAACCCCUAAGCCUACCGACCAAGAGCUUUUUGCACUAGCCUCUGUCGAGCGAUACCGUUCCUUUAUUGAUAGGGAGAGUACCGCAGCGACUGACCAGGAAAGAUUGGAGCUUUUUGCGGACUUUAUUGUGCACGAGUCUCGCCUGCGACGUGAUCGUUACUCUGCUGCAUUCGAAGCCAUGGCUAGCGAUAUCUUGGACCUGACGAGAGACAUGUGGCGAUCUUAUACGUCAACCGGUAGACGGUCGGCUACGCCAAACAUGAGCCUCGAUUCAUUGCCAGAAAGGAAGGAUUCAACAUCCUCGAGCCACAACUCUCAGGUACAGCCUAGUCCUGCGGCGUCUUCAGCAAGCUACAAUUUUAGGAUGGGAUCCGAGUCUCCAGUUAGCAGCGAUGCCAGCCAUGGCCGAUCGCGCGGAGACAGCCAACCAUGGCAGCCCUGCCUUUCACCCAUACCCAGCAUGGCUGUCAGCACAGUCCCAGACGAGGAAGACUCCAGAGGCCGAUCUGCAAGCCGCUGGUGGGAAGGAAGCGCAGACGGCUCGAAUGGUAAAGACAACAGGAAGCUUGAGCGAUCGAAACGCGAGUCCAAAUACAUGGGUGUUCCAAAAGAAGCACGUGAGUAUUUGCAGUGGGAUGACAAUCACUCGCCGUCUCAGGGAAGCGGCACGCCCGGUCCAAACAAUUUCCCAAGCUACGGCCCCGACGAGUAUCCGCCUGAAAAGGUGGGAUGGCAUGAGCAGACUACGCCUCAUGCUGCAGUUCCUAUGCAGUUCUGGCAACACUCCGCGCCUGCAACUCCAGACCCCUACAAGCUGGAUGUGUCUAGACUUGUCACGCUGCCACCACCGUAUCCCAGACAUCAUCCUGCUGUCAACAAUAACCAUCCCGAACUGGCUACGAUCAGGGCGAACUUGAGGGCAUUGCAAGACCCUGAGGAAGUCAAAGCGAUCAAGGAGGCAUACAGAGAACGAAGCAAUUCUCUGCGCGAGAAGGGCAUAAAGGGUGCGAACGACCGACGCGCCGAGCUACGCGGGGAUAUCCAAGACAUGAUUCGGGCUGGUGAAAUGACUUUUGCCGAUGCUGCCAAAGCUGAGGCCGAAUUCGAUGUGACGGAGGCGCAAAUCACUCGGAGACGCGUCCAACAAGACUUUGACAUGUAUCAGAAGGAUGUCAUGACCCCGGUGCACGCCAUCCUUGCUGAACGGGUGCUGAAGGCCACUGCUUCGAUUGAACGGCUGCGCAAUAGUUUGUUCAAUGAUGCUCAAACCUCGGAUCCAAACCAGACCCAGGAAGAGGGCGAUGAGACGCCCGAGCUCCUGGAGAAGUUGACGCUGCUCAAGUGGCUUUUCGACUGCCGCGAGCAGUUGCACAAGGACAUGUUCGAGCUAGAGGGCGAGCGCAACGAGCUCUACAAGACGGUGGUGCUGACGCCUUAUAUUCUAGCCAAUAACAUGGACAAGGUGCGUGAGGCGGAAGACUUCUUUAGACACGACAAGUCGGACCGAACAGUGGCUUUCUCACAGCAAGUUCUGAGCCGCUAUGAAGAAUUUGCGUACGUCAUCGAACAAAAUGUCACUCGGGGCGUGGAAGACCAACUGAGCGCGUUUUGGGACAUUGCGCCCGGGCUCAUGGCCGUGGUGCAGAAAGUACCAAGCGACUUGGAGGGCUUUGAGAUUUUGGUCCCGCCGCAAGAGUACAACGAAAACCCGUCAUAUCACGAUUUCCCGCUGCAGUACCUCAUGACGUUGCUGGCGCACGCGGAGAAGUCGGCGUAUCAGUUUAUUGAGAGCCAGACGAACCUGCUGUGCCUGCUGCACGAGGUCAAGACGGCGGUGAUGAUGGCCAACUCGCGGCUGGUGGAAACGCAGCGGUGGCUGGCGGGCGAAGACUUUGCGAGCGUGGAGCACGAGAUGCAGGCGAUCAAGAGGGACGAAGAGGCCAGGCUGACGGAGGAUUUGAAGGACAAGGUGGGGUUGGUGGAGGGGCAAUGGGCAGAGGCGCUGGGCAAAGGCUUGGCGGAGUGCAAACGACGGGUGGAGGGGUUCCUGGUGUCGAGCGGCGGGUGGGAUGAGAGCUUGCGUGAGUAGGCAGAAUGCAGUCAAAGGGUUGUCGUUGUUUAUUGUGAAUAAAGCGGUGGUGCAAAGAAAGGUUGAACCAGGGCAUGUGAUAGCGGCCGCCGUUGGUGGGCGCCAAGGAUUGUCCCUGCCGAAUUUGGCGAAGGCGGCUGGGCACAAAAUUAUUUCAUAGCGGGAAGGCUUUUGUUCGCGACAAAGCCCAACCCUCCACCUACAACCUCACACGCAUCCGCCCGAGCGAGCCUCUUC